GUUGCUGUUUCCGUUAUUCUCCGGCGAACUCGUCUCCGAUAUAUUUCCUCUUCUCUUCUCACUUCUAGUCUUCUCCGAGUCUUCGGAGCCAGAAGCCGGCGGCUUCCGAAAAAGAAGAGGAGCUGCUCCGGCGAAGAUCACGGACAUGGCAUCGUCGGCGUUCGGUGGAACGACGCAGAAAUGCACGGCGUGCGGAAAGACGGUUUACUUGGUGGACCAGCUCGUUGCAGAUAACCGCUUCUUCCACAAGGCUUGUUUUCGCUGUCACCACUGCAAGAGAACGCUGAAGCUCAGCGAUUACAGCUCCUUUGAGGGUGUUCUCUAUUGUAAGCCUCAUUAUGAUCAGCUUUUUAAGAUGACUGGAAGUUUGGAUAAGAGUUUUGAAGGCGCUCCAAGGUUUGCUAGGGCAGAAAGGCAAACUGAUCGUGAGGGCCAAGCAAAUAGCAGAAUUUCAAGUAUCUUUCUUGGGACGCAGGACAAGUGUGUAGUGUGCAGGAAAACUGUGUAUCCUAUUGAGAAGGUAGCAGUUGAUGGAACUUCAUACCACAGGCCAUGCUUCAAAUGCUCCCAUGGAGGAUGCACUAUCAGUCCUUCCAAUUACAUGUCACACGAUGGCAAGCUCUACUGCAAGCAUCAUCACAAUCAACUCUUCAAGUCCAAGGGAAAUUUCAGCCAGUUUGGAGGGAAGCAUGAAGAAAUAAGAGCCCGUGUGAAGGUACCAGAGCCUAUUGAGAACACUGAGAACCACACAGGAGAAAAUAUCAUAGCAAAUUUUCAAGAAAAUAACAUAGCGAGUGUUUGAAUGUUCUCUUUAGAGGUCAAUUUUUGUACUGAGCUGUUCCUUUUUGUAUGUUUUUUUGUUUUAUGUUCGUCAACGAGUCUGUCUAUUUGUGUCUGAGAAUCUGCUUACCGGAUAUCAAGACGAGGCCUGAGCGUUUUGAGUUAUUUCAUAUUUCUAUUAAGAGGAAGAAUGUCCAAAACUAUUGCUUGGAAGAGGUGAUAGGAACAUAUACCUCUUUGUCUAAUAAAGGAGGUAAUUUUGUUAA